AUGGACAUCACCCAAGAUCAGAAGCAAAUUAUGAUUCUCUGGAACGAUUUUGUAAGGAGACAAGGGGUGAUAGUAGAUGCUCAUGUUCCUUGGGCAUGUGAGGCAUUUUCAAGAUUCCAUGGUCAGAACCUUGUCCGGAGACCUGGAGAGCUUUGGUAUUGGAGAUUAUUUUUGAUUAAAUUAUGGAAUGAUAAUCUCAUCGAUGCACGAACAAUGAACAAUUGCAAUCUAAUACUAGAAAGGUAUCAAGGCAAUGUUCCAGCCUCGGCAAAAGGCUAA